ACGCAGAGAAUCCGAAUCCGAGUGCCGCACACGCCCCAGAAAGCUCGCCUCCUCACGCACCACCGAGCAGUGCAGUGGAGUGGCAAAGCAAAGCAAAGCAAAGCAAAACAAAGUACUCAUGACUCAUCGCAUAUCCCACGAGAUCAGAUCAUCAAAUCCCUGAGCUCUCUCUCCCGCAAAAGCGAAAGCCUCGAUUUUUUUUUUACGAGCAUCAAUUAAUGUCCAGGUGCCUGACUUGCGCCUAAUUUUAGCAGCGGCGCUCCGCCACCUCCACACGGAGGCGAUCGGAGGGAGGGGAGGGGAGGGAUGAGCACGCGACAGAAAUAGGCGGGCGGCUGCAGAGAGAUUGGCGGAGGAGCCGAGGAGGGAAGGUUACAUGAGACAAGGCCGGAGGCGGAGGAGGCGAGGAGCGGAGGAGGGGUUAAAUGAGCCAGCGAGACGGGAGGCGGAGGAGCGGGCGGUGUAGAGGAAGCGGCAGGUCGUCCACGGAUGGGAGCUUUCCGUCUUGGUCUUGGUCUUCUCCUUUCGCCUCUUCGUCUUCUUCCCUGAGGUGACUUCGCUGGGCUCACCAUUACAUUCAGCUUCGGACAUCUGCCACAUCCCCCAGCAAGAUAGUGUUUUUGGAGCACUCUCCUAUGCUUCCAAGAGUUUCACUCAUUUCUUUCUCUGUCAUAGACGCAAGACCACCUCAUGGCCAGAGACUUGCCCCAUCCGUCUGUAACUAGACGAAAAGUUUUGCCUUUCAAGUUUCUGAUACCGUUUGUUCUGGUUCUUUCUGUGUCUGUUAUUGCUGUCACCCAGUAUUUCCAAAGUAUCUCCUACCUUCUGCGGCCACUGUGGGACACACCACCUACACCAUUCACCCGCAUCCCACACUAUUAUGCCCCCAAUAUCUCCAUGCCCCAGCUGUGCCAGCUCCAUGGCUGGGGCAUCCUCCCCUCCCCUCGUCGUGUGUUUGAUGCCGUUCUGUUCAGUAAUGAACUUGAUAUUCUGGAAAUCCGUUACCGUGAGCUCCUUCCAUAUGUUGAUAGGUUUGUCAUCCUUGAGUCCAAUGCCACCUUCACCGGUAUCCCCAAGUCACUCUCCUUUUAUGAAAACCUGAAUCGUUUUGCAUUUGCUGGAUCAAAGCUUGUCUAUGACAUGCUUUCUGUUGGAGAACUGGAUACUGGUCAUCGUGAGCAGCCCUUCCAUGUUGAGGCCUACCACCGUCGUUCGCUUAAUAAUCUGAUACGAAGAUCAGGUAUUGCUGCGGGUGAUGUCCUGAUCAUGGCUGAUGCUGAUGAGAUCCCUAGCCCUGAGACUGUGCAGUUGCUCAAGUGGUGUGAUGGAAUACCACCAGUCAUGCACCUUGAGAUGAAGAACUAUAUGUACUCCUUUGAAUUUCCUGUGGACGACAACAGCUGGAGAGCAUCAGCACAUGUGUUCACUGAGCGCACAUUAUAUCGUCACUCCCGUCAGAGCAACCUAAUUCUAGCUGAUGCGGGCUGGCACUGCAGCUUCUGCUUCAGGGACAUCAAGGAGUUUGUUUUCAAGAUGAAGGCAUACAGUCACGCAGACCGAGUGAAACAGAAAAGCUUCCUAAAUCCAGACAGAAUCCAGAAGAUCAUAUGCAAUGGGGAGGACCUGUUUGACAUGCUACCUGAAGAGUACACAUUCAGGGACCUCUUCAAAAAGAUGGGGCCAAUACCGAAGUCAGCAUCUGCUGUGCAUCUGCCUUCCUAUUUGAUCAAGAAUGCAGACAAGUUCAAAUUCUUACUUCCUGGUGGAUGCUUGAGAUCAAAGUAGAUCAGAGAUUAGCUUUGUUAGUCAACAGUAUUUCUUUUAGCUGCAAUACUGUUGUUCAUGCUGAAACACAUGUUUAUGUUUGAAAAGAAAUAGUAUUACUCUAGAUAGGGUGCUAGGAGCUAUUUUGGUGUGUAUUUGGAAGCACGGGAAUUUUUACCUUGUAUCUGUAGUGAUGGGCUUUGCAACCCUGAAUUUACAGCAAGUGACAUACAAGUAAAGUGGCUAUAGGAAAUUGGUACCUUUUGGGUUAA